GUCGAGUCGAGAUGGGUCGCCUGGGUAAUACAGUACGCGGGUUGGUGCUCCCUUUUUUCUAGCACCCCCUCUGCGAAUUUUGAUUCGCAAGUCCAGUGGCGAUUAUUUGCGAUGCGACGCGUGCUGCUACUGACGCUCGCCGUCGUGGCCGCCGACCCCAUACCGACGGUCCUCACCUCGUGCGCCCCGGUCAAGGCUGGGCCAGGCCCAGAGUCGACGCCGCCCUGCCGCUUCACGACGGCCGCGGCCGCGACAUGGACCAAUGCGUCGCUCGUCAUCGACUGGUCCGUGGCGACGACAGCAGUCGACAUUGCGACCAUCGCCGACGCUUCCAUGGGCUACGCAUUGCAAGGCGCGGAGGCCAACAUGACGUGGCUUCCCGCGCGAAUCACGGGUACCGGCGACAACGUCUCGGUGAGCAUCCCGUCGCCAGCUGCCAAUAGCGUACAUCGUCUCGAGCUUGUGGCAUUUGUGUACACCAGCGUCGAGCGCACAACGUUGCACGCGAGCUGUCUAGUGACAGUGCCAAGGAGCGUCAUCGAGCUCCCACUGGCGGCAGCGUCGUCGGACGCGCCGUCGUCCGAGGACACGUCGUCAUCAUCACCACCACCCAAGACGCUUGUGGUCGCCCUCGCCGUCAGUGGGAGCGUUCUUGUUGCGCUUUUUAUCGUUUGCUGCUGGUACCGAGCUCGAAAAGGCCGACCGAACGUCGACCCGCCGAUGCCCAUGACGCCACCCGCGCCGCUCAAGUGGCAAACGCAGUCGCUCGGGACGGCCUCGGACCCACGCACCAACUCGUCGGCGCUCAUGCGGUCGUCGCGCGGACACGCGCACUCGACGGCGUCCGAGCCACUUGGCGAACUCUGGCGCGAGACGGAAGGGAUCCACGUCUACGGCGGGUACAGCCGGCGCAGUAUCCCGCUCGACGAGUACUAUCCGAGCCCAACCCAGAGCUCGAUUGCAACGGGGUACGACGACCCACGUACGACACGCGACUUUGACGGGUCGUCGUCCAUCUUUAGCGCCGGCGAAAGCUCCGUGGACCUUCGGAGCACGUUUGGAAGCGACCUCUCGAGCCACUCGCAGCCAGUGUACGGGCGGCCACGGCCCGUCUCGGGCGCCAGCACGACAGCGUCGUUUUAAUUUAUAGCUUUGUAUCAAUGGUAUCGUCCAUCGGGUCGCGUCC